GGGUAGACCUAACAGAUGUCUUUCAAGAGGUCAGAAAAAAGGACCAGCUGGCGGUCCAUUGUGGAAAAAUUGCAGGUUGUCUGUACAGAAUAAAAUAUGACAAUGGAGAGGAGUGUAUUUCAUGUAAAGGGAAAUGGUUUACGCCCAGUAUGUUUGAGAAGUUUGGAGGAAAAGGGCAUCACAAGAAGUGGAAGGGUAGCAUCUAUUACAAGCCAUCAAAUGGCCUUCAACCAGUUAAAUUACUGAAACUCAUUCAAAAUGGGUGUCUUUCAGAAUUUGGACAACAGAGGGAGUCAAUUAGAGAGGUGACACCGAUUCUGGAAUCACCUGUAUGUGGAAUUGAAGAGGAAACAGUCCAGCUAGACAGUUCUUCAGAUGAGUCUGUAUCUGUUGCUGAAAGAGUCAAAAUGGUGACACAGACAGAGUCCCGUAAAAGAUUGUUUUCCAAGACUCUGAAAAAACCUGUGUGUGGAAUUGAAGAGGAAACAAUCCAGCUGGACAGUUCUUCAGAUGAGUCUGUAGCUGUUGCUGAAAGAGUCAAAAAGAACAGGAGAGAAUCUGUAAAUAAAAAUCUCAGUAAAUGGAUCACAGAACCUGAAGAAUCUACUGCCAAUGCUAGAGACAGUUCUUCAGAUGAGUUUGUAUCUGUUGCUGAAAGAGUCAAAAUGAACAGGAGAGAAUCUGUAAUUUUAGCUGAAACUCUGCCUAAAAAGAUCACAGAACCGGUAGAAUCUACUGCCAGUGCUAGAGAUUCACCUGCACCUCCCACUGAUGCUACAGAACCUGUAGUAUCAGCACAACUGAGGGAGUCAAUCAGAGAGGUGACACCGACAAUGUCCUGGAAAAGAUUGUUUUCCAAGAGUCUGGAAAUACCUGUGUGUCGAAUUGAAGAGGAAACAUUCCAGCUGGACAGUUCUUCAGAUGAGUCUGUAUCUGUUGCUGAAAAAGUCAAAAUGGUACAGAACAGGAGAGAAUCUUUGAUUUUAGCUGAAACUCCCAGUAAAAAUAUCACAGAACCAGUAGAAUCUACUGCCAAUGCUAGAGAUUCACCUGCACCUCCCACUGAUGCUACAGAACCUGCAUUAUCUCCUGUCAUAGAUGAAGCCGAUCAGACCACAGAUGAAGCAGCAGGUGAAGCAGCAGCAGCUCAGCUGAACUGCAGUGAUUCUCCCACUGAUGCUACAGAACCUGCAGUAUCUCCUAUCCUAGAGGAGGCCAAUCAGACCACAGAUGAAGCAGCAGCAGCUCAGCUGAACUUCAGUGAUUCUCCCACUGAUGCUACAGAACCUGCAGUAUCUCCUAUCCUAGAGGAGGCCAAUCAGACCACAGAUGAAGCAGCAGCAGCUCAGCUGAACUUCAGUGAUUCUCCCACUGAUGCUACAGAACCUGCAGUAUCUCCUAUCCUAGAGGAGGCCAAUCAGACCACAGAUGAAGCAGCAGCAGCUCAGCUGAACUUCAGUGAUUCUCCCACUGAUGCUACAGAACCUGCAGUAUCUCCUAUCCUAGAGGAGGCCAAUCAGACCACAGAUGAAGCAGCAGCAGCUCAGCUGAACUUCAGUGAUUCUCCCACUGAUGCUACAGAACCUGCAGUAUCUCCUAUCAUAGAGGAGGCCAAUCAGACCACAGAUGAAGCAGCAGCAGCAGCUCAGCUGAACUUCAUUGAUUCUCCCACUGAUGCUACAGAACCUGCAGUAUCUCCUUUUGUAGAGGAGGCCAGUCAGACCACAGAUGAAGCAGCGGGUGAAGCAGCAGCAGCUCAGCUGAACUUCAGUGAUUCUCCCACUGAUGCUACAGAACCUGCAGUAUCUCCUAUCCUAGAGGAGGCCAAUCAGACCACAGAUGAAGCAGCAGCUCAGCUGAACUUCAUUGAUUCUCCCACUGAUGCUACAGAACCUGCAGUAUCUCCUUUUGUAGAGGAGGCCAGUCAGACCACAGAUGAAGCAGCGGGUGAAGCAGCAGCAGCUCAGCUGAACUUCAGUGAUUCUCCCACUGAUGCUACAGAACCUGUAGUAUCUCCUGUCAUAGAGGAGGCCAGUCAGACCACAGAUGAAUCAGCAGCAGCAGCUCAGCUGAACUUCAGUGAUUUUUCCACUGAUGAUACAGAACCUGCAGUAUCUCCUAUUGUAGAGGAGGCCAAUCAGACCACAGAUGAAGCAGCAGCAGCAGCUCAGCUGAACUUCAGUGAUUCACCUGUUGAAAGGCAGAACCCUGAUACUUCUGAAGAGACUGAGAAGACAGGCCAGAUGCAGUUAAUUAGAUUUCUGGAAAAGCAGUUUAAUACUAUGAACAACACCCUAAAAUCAAUUGAUUUUUCUUUAAAGAAGCUGGUGGGAAAACAGUCACAAGACACACUGCCUCAAUAUAUCUGUCUAAUUCCUGCUGAUUUUGAAAAUCUCCUGAUUAAUUCCUUAGUCAAGAAGGAGCCAAUCACAGAAGGUGGGGGUAGUACUGAGGAAGCACAACUGUAAUCUGAGAGGUUAUCUA